AUUUUACUAUUUCUCAUACUAGAAUACUUUAUUAGACUAUUAUGUAUUUAUGAAAUCAAAUACAUCCUCAUAAGUGUUAAUACGGGUAACCACCUCACUCGAAACUGAGCAAGAAAUUCACAACUAUGGCUGCUGCAUUUCAACAACAGAUUUUCGCUCUUGAUGCUCGAUUUAAUGCUUACAGAGCCCCAAAUAAUCCAAGUUUUAAAACUUUGUACAUAAGGCGAAGAAGUCAGCUGCUCAGAGAAAACUCAAAGUUUAAGGACAUAGACACAAUAAAGAAGUACCUGCAUGUGCGUAGUCAGCUGCUGCAGCGGCGCUACGGGGUGCAGGACAACAUCUCUCUCUGCUCCUCCAGCUCCCGCGCGCGCUCCACCAGCAAAGCCAGCCUUGCUACAGAUGACUUUCCUGUAAACACAAAGAAAAAGAAUGAUAUGACAAUAUCAGAAAACUAUGCUUUCACAGGAGUACACCAUAUUUUUGAUCAGCACGUGGAACAAGUGAGCGUGGUGAAGUUCGCCAACAACGACAAGUCGAAGCUGGCGUGCGCGUCGCACGACGGCUCUAUCAGCGUGUGUGACGUCACGGCCACGCCGCCCGCCGUCACCGCCGUGCUGCGCGGACACACCAAGCCCGUCACUGACGUGGACUGGUCAGCCAUGAACGAGCUGCUGGUGUCGUGCGGGCUGGACGGCGCGCUGUGCCUGUGGGCCGCGCCCGCCGCGCGCCGCCUGCGCCGCGUGCCCGACCCAAGAGGGCGCGCGCUCCACGCCAUAGCGUUCCAGCCGAGCAAUAAUAAUAUGGUUAUUGCUGGUAACGACAGAGGCAUGGUGCAAGUUGUGAACAUUUCCACGGGAAUAUAUCCUAGAGGUGGAAGCAGUGUAUUGGGCGGGAUAGUGACGUCGAUAGCCUGCGAGUCCAGCGGCAGGAUGUUCUGGGCUGCCAAUGACAAGGGUCUAAUAGUAUCCUACGUAGUAUCCGGGGCGGGUGCACUCAGUAAGCUCCGGCGGCUGGCGCUGCGCGGCGCCGUGUCCUGCAUCAGCUGGAGCCCGUGGCUGGCGCGGCAUCCGGCCCUGCUGGUCAAUGCUAAUGACAACUCGCUGUAUUUGUUCAGGAUAGCGGACCGCGACGGCAGCCUAGUCCUCAAGAAGCGGUUCGACAUCCACCACUCUUCCCACUCUAUUCGCUCCACGUUCUGUCCCAUCAUGUCGUUCCGGCGCGGCGUGUGCGUCGUCAGCGGCAGCGAGGACUCGUGCGUGUACUUCCUGGAUAUAGAGGGACACGCUGAGCAGCCGGUUGUUAAUAAACUGCAAGGUCACGCGGCGCCGGUGCUGGGCGUGAGCUUCAGCUACGACGAGAGCCUGCUGGCCACCAGUGACGUCACCGGGCUCGUCAUCAUCUGGAGGAGGGGCUGAAUAGCAGUGGAGGAGGUCAGCUCACCGGAAUCUGAGUAUACUUCAGUAUUGCUAU